AUGAGAAUCAGAAAAAAUAGAAUUGCAAAUGCUAAAGAAAAACUUCGCCGAACAAUAUCUCCCAGGAAGGGAAGCAUAUUGACUGGUGUCAAUGAUGUUCCGAAAGGCUAUUUUACAGUUUAUGUAGGUGGAGAAUACACGCGUUACGUCGUUCCAAUAUCUUUCUCGAACCAUCCAUUAUUUCAAGAAUUGUUGCAUUGGGCAGAAGAAGAGUUUGGAUAUAAUCAUCCAAUGGGAGGCCUUACAAUUCCAUGCACUGAAGAUUAUUUCUCUAGUCUUGUUGCUCUAUUAAAUUUUUCCUAA